AUGUGGAGAUCUGUCUUGGCCGUCCUGGCGCUGGCCGGAGCUGGUGUCGCAUAUUUCAUCAAUUUGCUACUCACGAAAAGGCGAAGGCUCGAUGGACUGCCUCAACCACCAUCGAGCAGAAUUUGGGGUCAUCUUCAGCUAGCAGGCCAAUGUCAAUCGCUGUUUCCUCCCAAAGUUCACGUUCAAAAUUGGAUUCAUUAUAUUCAGAAAAAGCAUAACCUUGGAGAUGUGUUCUAUAUCGAUUGGUGGCCAUUUGGACCACAGUGGGUGUUCAUUGCCGACCCAGAAUUGGCUUCCAAGUACAUCACCACCGGUCAAUCGUUACCAAAGUCCCUCCUCACAUCCGGCUACGUUGAUAGACUUCUCGGGAAGGAUAACAUGGUGUGCAUUGAAGGACAGAAGUGGAAAAUGCUUCGGUCCAUCUUCAACCCUGGCUUCUCCGCGAGUCACUUGAUGUCCCUGGUGCCAUACAUGCUCGACUCGAGCCUUGUCUUUGUCAACGCCUGUCGGAAGAAGGCGGACACCAAUGAAUUGUUCCAAAUGGACAGGUUGGCAACACGAUAUGCCAUCGACAUCAUCGGGAAGAUCACCAUGGACACCGACUUCAAUUCUCAGACCAGUCCUCAUCCCAUCGUCGAGACAUUCCGUAACCAGAUCAAUUUACUACCUAUCACGAGCGUAAGCCGUUUCGAGGAUCUCAAUCCAAUCCGGCCGAUAUUACUAUGGUUCAACACCCGCAAACUCAACUCACUGAUCGGCCAAGAAGUCGACAAAAGGAUCGCUGCACGCAAUCUCCCAGGGCAGACCAACGGCGACAAAAAGAAGCCAUCAUCCACGAAAUCUCGAAGCCGCAGCGUCCUCGACCUCGCGCUCGACGCGUAUGAAAACGACCACCUCACCAACCUGACCGGCAAAGCUCAAAGCCGCGACUUCUCCACCUCGUUCCGAGCAACACUAGUCGACACCCUCAAGACCUUCAUCUUCGCAGGCCACGACACCACCUCCGCCACCAUCUCCUACACACUAUACCUCCUGCACCUGCACCCGCAAGUCCAGAAGAAAGCCACGGCGGAGCUCGAAUCCGUGUACGGGACGAACUGCACGCCCGAAUCCAUCGCGGCCGAGAUCCGAACACAACCGCAUUCAAUCAACAAACUCGAGUAUCUGGGCGCCAUCAUCAAAGAAACCCUGCGCUUGUUCCCGCCGGCCUCGACGCUGCGCGCGAUCCUCUCCGAAGACGGCGUGAAAGACUUCUUCCUCCCGGACCCGAAAACCAACCAAUCCUACCCGAUGCGCGGCUUCGACAUCUGGCCCAUCGCACACCUGAUCCACCGCAACGAAGCGUACUUCCCGGAGCCCGUCAAAUUCAUCCCCGAGCGCUUCCUCCCAUCAGAAACGCCGUUUCCCGACGCCAAACUCUUCACGCCGGCCGGGAAGGACGCCUGGCGGCCCUUCGAAAAGGGGCCCCGCAACUGCAUCGGCCAGGAACUCGCCAUGAUGGAGAUCAAGAUCGUGCUGGCCUGCGUGGUCGGUGAGGUCGACUUCACGGCCGAGUUUGACGGGCGGAAAAUCGACUCGUGGACCUCCGUAGAGACCGUCGACGAGUUCGCCGAUGGACGGCCCGGCGUCGAGCGUAUGACUAUCGAGGGCCAUUAUGCUUACCAGGUCCUCAGUGGUGCCGCGAAUCCCGCGGGCGCCAUGCCGGGGAGGUUGAGGUUAAGGGAGAGGCGGGGGAAGUGA